ACCGCUAUAUUAAAAAUAACAUUCCCAGGAGUACCACUGGCGGUGACAUCCGAUGUUCGCCCCUGCUGCAGCCUGCAGGAGUAGAUACCCCACAGCAGACACCAGCGAGGCUCCUGCUGGACCCACGCUUUGCCCAGGACUGAUGAGGAUAACUAGCCCACUGUCACCUCGCCCCUGCAGUUCAAUUCGUUUUAUAUUCGUAGAGGUUAUCGUUAUAAUCAAGUUCAGUCGGUCUAAUGGCUGUUAAUUCUACCUUCCACCUACAGUUGUGCGUUUACUGUAAAACUAUAUUUUUUAGGACCGUUUGAGGUUAUUUAGACGCAGAGAUGUUGUUAUCUUCGUCAGAGUAUACGCUGCUGCGUUGCGGUGCAGCGAUACAGAGCUGCGCUUCAGUUCAGAGUCUGUCCAGCUGUCUGUCCACGCGUACCCCCCCACACAGGAAACUGAGAGAUCAGACGUCAUCAGUGCAGACGGUCAGAGUCGGCGUGGCGACGGCGUGCAGCAUCCAUACGUGCUCGGUGCAGAGCCUGCAGGCGGGUCGAGUUCUGCACAAAAUUGUGCCCUCGAACCUGCGGGGGAAGAGCAGAACCGCGCAGGACUGGCUGACGCGGCAGCUCAACGACCCCUACGUUGCCAAGGCGCGCCGCCUCAACUAUAGGGCUCGGAGCGCCUUCAAGCUGCUGGAGCUGCAGGAGAGGCUGUCGCUGCUGCGGGCGGGGGCUACGGUGCUGGAGUGCGGCGCCUCCCCAGGGGCGUGGACGCAGGUAGCCGUGCAACACUGCAACCCCGAAGACUCCCCCACGUACAAAUCAUCGUCCCCCACGGGAUGCGUGGUGGCAGUGGACCUGCAGCCCGUGUCUCCCGUCCCCGGGGCCACCUUCGUCUGUGGGGACUUCACGUCUCCAGACACCCAGCAGCGGGUGCUGCAACUCCUCCCCAAGGGGGUUGACGUGGUGCUGUCAGACAUGGCGCCCUCCGCCACGGGUAUCAAGGAACACGACCACACGCGCAUCAUGAGACUCGCCGUCUGCGCCGCGCACUUCGCUGUGCGCCACGCCACGCCGCACUCCUGCUUCCUCUGCAAGGUCUGGGCUGGUGGGGAGGUGGACAAGUUCCUGCGCCAGUUGUCGCUGCUGUACGAGGAUGCGCGCCUCGUCAAGCCCCCCAGCAGCAGGUCCAACUCUGCCGAGCUCUUCGUCUACGCCAGGGGCCUCAAGAGCUCCAACAACAACGCGGCAAACCAGCAGGACGAUAACAAAGACUAUAAUAUCACAAAGAGUCAAUAAGUGCAUAGCAGGAGCACAGAGUCGAAGAUCGUUAAUUAGAUAGCAAACGCCCGUCAAGUGGUCAUUUACUGGCGACGUCGUAAGGUAGUAAAGGCGAGAUUAAAAAAAUAAUAAGUUCGGAAUGUAGCUCAACUUGCAACCGGCUUAUACCUGCCAACACCACAGAAUAACAAAACGGGUGAAAUCUUGAAAAACUCUUUAUUAACGCAUUAUAUUAGAAUGAGAACCGUACAUUUGGUCUCGGAGCUGACAAUAUUCAAGUGAUAUCUGUUGACAGUACUUCACGCCGAAUUAUUGGCCUUGACACGCAGAGGAUGCCCAUUUACAAAGCAUCCAGACACAUGCCUGAAUAAAUAAAUUAAGGAAUGGAUAUAACAUAACAACGCCUUCAGUAAUUCUUGCCCCUGGUCUGCUCUCGCCACGCAGGCUACGUAGUCAUCAGUCGCACGAAUUAACUGGUCCUCCCUAAAUAAUUUAUGGACAUAAAAAUCGGAAUUAUAAUAUACUUGAAGCA